ACAUCUUCUCACACUUCUUCUGCUGUAGACAGACUACAAUGACUUUCGAAGCACGCCGACGCAAUGGGAAAGAGGCCUCGUGCGAGCCGUGUCGAAAGGCCAAAGUCCGCUGUGAUCACGAACAGCCGGUAUGCGGAAGAUGUCGAAAACGUGCCCUGCAGUCCAAAUGCUUUUACCACCCGGCUCCCUUGACCAAGUGCAGAGAGUCCGAGGCAGCCACACCCGAUUCUCCUGCGUCGGAAAUCCGUGAGCAGCCUUCAACAUCCGGACCGAACUUGGAGCCUACACCCGGUGCGCCUGCUUUCGUCAAACUCGGCAGGCUUUCUCGGACGAGGAUGCUGAAUGGUGAGAAUGGUCACAGAGAGCGAAUGUUGAUGGUGACCGAGGCACUCACUCAUCUGCGAUAUUUUGGCCUGAUCCACAAGAUCGUUCUCGAAUACUUCUCCGUUGCUCAAGGAUCGACUUUCCCAACUGGACUACUUGUGCCUGCACUUGACGCGCUCACGGCGUUGGUCGAGCGCCACGGUCUUCACGACAUCUCCGCGUGCUCGAGUGGAAAAUUGGAAGAGUUGGCCGAGAGCAUCAUGCACGCAACUUCCACGCCCGUCAACAUUACGCCUUCCUUGCGAGCAGAUGAAUUCGUCGCCUUAAACACCACCCCGCAGUUCCGGCUGGAGUAUCUCGGCCUCAUCUUCGCCAUUGGAUGGCGUAUGGACCUACUUGGCCGCGCCCAGAGCGACACGGGGCGCAAAGAGUAUAUGCAAAGCACCUUUCGGAGCUGCUCCAUUUGUCUUCAAGUCGCCCGCGAGCUGACACCCGUCAAUGACGUGAUUCUGUGGCUCUCGAUGGAGACCAUGUUGCUCUGCACAAACAUCCACGGAGAUAUGGCCGAGCCUGUAUGGCACCUCCUCGGUGAUCUGUCUUCGGACAUUUACAACUUGGGUAUCCAUCACGAGGCGUCCAUCACCUCUGGAACGCCAUUCUUCCUCGCCGAAUGUCGCAGGAGGUGCUUUCUCAAAGCAUACCACCUGGAUGGGACGUUCUCGGCGCUUUUCAACCGUCCCCCGCGCAUCCUCCGACGCUACUCGGACUGCAAAAUGCCACUCAACUUGUCAGACGAAGAUAUCAUCGCCGACCCUGUCCAGCUGGAGCAAGCGUGUAGCAAGCUCACUCCCGAUGGCUGGGACGCCGAGGGCAGGUGCUUCCCCACCACCGCCGUCCGGCUGCGUUGCUUGACUGCCGAAAUUCGUGAGGAUGUAGCGGCGUACGAAGUCCGACCCAUGACACGCGAGAAUCUCGCCGAGCUACAGGCGCUGUCGCUUCGGAAUGGACAGAUCUGGCGCAGCCUUCCAUCGGAACUCACGUACACCUCGAAAAUCUUGGGUGACACUGACCUACGCUACUUGCCUACGGCGAUGGCCAUGAUGAACUCGCUCACGUUUCUGCACAACGACUUUCAGAUCUACCGGCUGAUGGAGAAGGGCGACCGCCAAGCGGCCGCAUCCUUGAUUGAGACCGCGAGCAGGAUCCUGCACAUCGUGUCGGAUCUCUCAAUCCUCCGGGUGAAGGCCCGGAAGUUUCUCUUCAACGACUCGUCUUUUGUGGCCAUGACCUUUGGAGUGCCGAGCGCAGCCGUCCUGGCCACCGCCGUGCAGAACAUCGCUCGUCAUGGCGUGCAUGCUCUCCCUCUCCCGCCAGGCAUGUCGCCUUCAUCCCUGAUACGCACCCUCGCGGGCUUUGUCUACGAGCUGCAGCACCUGUGCGACUCUUCCGAGGCAAACUACGAGGUCUGCCUCCAAGCCCACGCCACUGUCUCGAGCACACUGAACGAAGUUCUCGACGAACUCUGCAACUCUAUAGCUGCACCUGUCGUGUCAGAUGGUGGCGCUGCAAUCGGCGCACUGGAUGCCCUGCCUCUGGACGCACUCGAAGGAUUCGAUCUGUCGAGCUGGGCGCAAUGCAUCGACUGGACCGGGAUCGGGGCGGAUUGGAGCUACUUUUGAGUGCUGGCGAGCUGUCGGCAUUUCAUGACGGCGUACUUUCAUCCCUGCAUGAGGUUAACCGGUGCCGUGGUCCUUCUCGACUUCCGGGUCCCUGUUGCGCUUGUGUACUGUCGACACGGCUCUGCAACCCGCUCCUCGCUCGCCAGGUUGAGCUGUCUCGGGCCUCAUUCGCGUAUUGUCGCAAACAGCCAGCCCGCCGCAAUGCUUCAGGCAUGCUUAGUGGUUAUCGGAAGUGUGUGGCGACA